AUGGUGCGCUUCAGAGCCAGCAAUAUUCUUGGCGACCCGUUCGCGCUUGCCACUACGUCCAUCUCCAUCUUAGCAUGGUUGAUCGCAUUCAUUUCCUCGAUAAUCACUGGAAUACAUGGGGGCUAUCCCACUUACUCAUGGUGGGCCUUGGCAUAUGGGUUUUGCAUCAUUGUCGGGAUGGCUCUCGUGUUUGGGACGGAUACAGGCGUGGUCUAUAAUAUCGCGAUUGUGGGCUACUUGUCCGCUGGUCUCGUCUUUUCCACAAUCUCGGUAAACUCGCUUGUUUAUUCGAGUAAUGCAGCUUCGCAAGCUGCGGGUGCAGGCUUCAUUCUUCUGUCCAUGGUGAUCAUCAUCUGGAUCUUCUAUUUCGGAUCGAGCCCACAGGCUUCUCACCGUGGUUUCAUCGAUUCAUUCGCCCUACAGAAGGAAGGCGCUGGUUCGUACGGGAACAGCAGACCUAUGUCCACCGCUUUCGGAAAUCGACCCGAAACGACCUCGAGCCAGCCACCUCAGAUGUACACUUCUGCUCAGCUCAAUGGCUUCGAAACCUCGUCGCCUGUCUCGGGCUACCAUGGUGGAGCCCCCGGGUCGGAACAUCGCACCUCGCAGCCCCGCUUCGGCAACCCGUCAGCAACGAAUCUUGCCCCGCCCGGCAGUGGUGUGCCUCCCGAUGAAGUUCCGCAACCGACCGAGUAUCCGUAUCGCGCGAAGGCUAUUUACUCUUAUGAGGCCAACCCGGAGGAUGCCAAUGAGAUCAGCUUCACCAAGCACGAGAUUCUAGAGGUAUCUGACGUCAGCGGAAGAUGGUGGCAGGCCAGAAAAGCCAGUGGAGACACCGGUAUUGCUCCAUCCAACUAUUUGAUCUUGCUGUGA